AUGGGUAAAAUAAUGAGCGAAUAUGGCAUCAAAAGCCAGUGGCUUACAACCCCGGGAUCGCAAAGUCCAGCUUCAGGGUCGCAAAGUCCAGCUUCACCAAGGCCAGAUCAGAGGCUGCUACCAGAGUCAGAGGCCAAAACUCCGAUAACUCCCGGUAAUGGUCCAUCUCCAUCUCACGAUGAGGAGGCGAAUUCUCAAGAGGGGGAAAAGAAAGCACCUCCCCCUCCGAGGAUUUUCUCUUACUCAACACGCAAUGAUCGGAUUAUACUCGCCGUCGCGACCGCGGCUUCGAUUGCCACUGGUGUGACACUUCCUCUCAUGAAUAUUUGCUUUGCACGCCUUGUUGGGGCAUUUGGUGGACUUCACAGGGAGAUAAAAGAAUCGCCAGAAAGGUUUACACAUGAGAUCAGUUAUGUUGUGAUGGACUUAGUAUACUUGUUUUUCGCUCGACUGGUGCUUAGCUACGUCGCGAUGUUCGGAUUUCGUAUAGUCAGUCUUCGAGUAUCGGCUGCUAUGCGCCUCGCGUAUAUCGAAGCACUUUUUGCACAGCCAAUCUCGGUCUUAGAUGUCCUGCCUUCUGGGCAAACCGCAGCCAUCAUCACCGUGACUGCAAAUAUUUUGCAAGUCGGCAUCUCUGAAAAACUCUCGAUGCUGAUCCAAACUGUUUCUUUGAUGCUCGCGGCUUUAGUUAUAGCAGCUCGCUACAACUGGCUUCUAACAUUGGUCACAAGUACAGGACUGAUCUUCAUCACUUUUGUUUACGGGUACACGAUACCUCGGUACGUGAGAAACAUUAAAGAAGUCGGGUCAGCGGAUCGAGUAUUGUCGAGGAUAGCAAGCGAGACAUUCGGGUCUAUCAGAACGAUUGCUGCGUACGGUGCCGAGGAACAGAUGGCGACGAAAUAUGCUGAAUGGGUUAACAUAUCCAAUGCCAGAGGUCUUCGGAUAUCGCCGUUGAUCGCUCUACAACAGGCCCCAACUUUCUUUGCGAUACAAGCAACCUGCGCACUCGCAUUUUGGUAUGCCGUCAAGCUCUAUAGGGAUUCGUAUAUAACAAGUGUGACCACCAUCAUCGUUGUACUGAUGUCUGUUAUGCUGAUCAUGACUACCUUGGGAAGCACCGCUGCCCCUGCAUCAGCUGCUAUGCAUGCUGCGAGCGCUGCUAGUAUCCUCUUCACUAUCAUAGAUGCUCCGCAACCAAAAACAUCUGGCAGCCGAGAGCCUGAGGUAUCAUCACAGGACAUUGUAUUUGAAAAUGUCAACUUCACAUAUCCAAUGAGGGCCGAUGUCAAAAUCCUCGACAAUCUCAGCGUCCGAUUCCCAGCUGGGAAAACGACUGCCAUUGUCGGAGCAUCGGGGUCAGGCAAAAGUACAAUCAUAGGGUUGGUCGAGAGAUGGUAUGAACUUGACGGAAACAUGACUGAUAAUAUCAUGACCAUGUACUUUCGGAAUGGUACUAUCAAAACGGGCGGCCGACAUUUGCACGAGAUUGAUCUCAAAUGGUGGAGAUCUCAGAUCGGGCUGGUGCAACAAGAGCCCUUCCUAUUCAACGACACGAUAUACAAAAACGUGGAAUACGGAUUAGUUGGGUCCAUGUGGGAGUAUGAUUCUCAUCAGAAGAAGAUGGAAUUGGUGAAGCAGGCGUGCGAAGAAGCUUUUGCAGACGAAUUCAUCACCCGUCUUCCACAGGGCUACAAUACCCCAGUGGGAGAUGCUGGGAUCAAACUGAGUGGAGGACAGCGCCAAAGAAUCGCCAUCGCCCGCAGCAUCGUCAAGCAACCCAAGAUCCUGAUCUUCGACGAGGCAACCAGUGCCAUCGACGUCAAGGGAGAGAAGAUUGUCCAAGCAGCCCUGGAUAAGGUCUCGAGGAACCGGACCACGAUUACUAUUGCUCAUCGCCUAUCAACCAUUAUGAGAGCGGACAACAUCGUGGUUCUUAAGAAGGGCCAGGUUGUGCAGCAAGGCACGCAUGAUGAGCUUUUAGAGGACACUACAGGCCCUUACUGGCAUCUUGCGAACGCACAGAAGUUGUCCCUAGGUAACGAGCAGGUUACGCUGGAAGAAGAAGUGGGAGAUGCAGCUAAGACUACGGAUGCAGCUAUGUUCCAUAUGGUGAGUCUCGAUAACGACAACCGGUUUGUCACCGUAGACAAGGCAUACGUACCGAGAGGCUUUUUCGGGAGCUUUGUGGGUCUUCUUUGGGAGCAAAAGAAACAUCUGAAGUUGUACGUUGCAAUACUGUUGGGUGCUUUGGGAGCUGGAGCCGCAUUACCUAUACAGUCAUACCUGUUUGCGCAUCUGCUCUCAAUUUUCAAUCUCACGGGUGAAAGGUUGAGCGAAGAGACGAGGUGGUGGUGUCUCAUGCUCACCGCACUAGCGGUAUUCGCCGGCCUGAGUUUCUUCAUUCUCGGCUGGUCAGCCAACACCGUCUCAUUCCACAUCACCUCCGCUUACCGCAAAGAGUACUUCGGGAACGUACUCCAGAAGCCCAUCUCCUUCUACGACCAAGAGGAAAACUCCAUCGGCUCCCUCACUUCACGCAUGGCCAGCGACCCUACGCAGCUCCAACAGCUGCUCGGCAUCAACAUGGCAUUCGUCUACGUCUCGAUGUUCAACCUCGUCGGCUGCCUCGGGCUGUCUUUCUAUUUCGGGAUCGAGCUGGCGGGGCUCGCUGUCGCUUCCAGCAUGCCAAUCAUCCUCGCGGCCGGAUACUUCCGCUUCCGCUACGAGAUUCAAUUCGAGGAGAUGAACUACAGUGUCUUUGCCGAAAGCUCGAAAUUCGCGACGGAGUCGAUCGGAGCCUUCCGCACGGUCAGCUCGCUUACCCUCGAAGACGAGAUCUCGGGGAGGUAUAAGAAUCUGCUGCAGACCCAUAUCCGGAAGGCGCUCCGCAAAGCGGCUCCUUCCAGUUUCGUGUUUGCCUUGUGUGAAAGUGUGCCUCUUCUCUGCAUGGCUUUUGUGCUCUGGUACGGUGGGAAACUUCUGGCGAAAUUCGAAUACGAACCUUUCAACUACCACAUUGCCCAAGCUUCAGCGGCAGCGAACCGAAUCUGCGGAAUGAGACCCGGAAUGAUUUUUAAGCCUAAAGGCAAAACGCUUGAGUUUGCAAUAAGAUCGGAAAAGGACGGCGCAAGUGAGGUCCGAGGGGUGAAGCUUGAAUUGCGCGACGUUUGGUUCCGCUACCCAACUCGCGAUGUUCCCGUACUGCAAGGUCUGGACAUGACCAUUGAAGCCGGUCAAUUCGCCGCGAUCGUUGGCCCCUCAGGGUCCGGAAAGACAAGUAUCAUCUCCUUGCUUGAAAGGUUUUACGAGCCCGACCGCGGCUCGAUCCUCCUCCGCAACACGGACAUCACCAAGCUCUCCCUCUCCUCCUACCGCGCGGCCUUCUCGCUCGUCGCCCAAGAAGCCUCCCUCUUCUCGGGCAGCAUCCGGUCCAACGUCCUCCUGGGCGUCGAUCCCCAGCGCACCCCGGACGAGGCGCUCCACCGCGCCUGCCAGCAGGCCGACAUCCACGACUUCAUCACGUCGCUGCCGGACGGCUACGCGACGGAGGUCGGGACGCGCGGCAUCGCGCUCUCGGGCGGGCAGAAGCAGCGACUCGCCAUCGCGCGCGCUCUCAUCCGCGACCCGCGCGUGCUGCUCCUGGACGAGGCCACGAGCAACCUCGACUCCGUGACGGAGCGCGAGGUGCAGGGCGUGCUGGAGCGCACGGGCCGCGGGCGGACGAUGGUCGUGGUGGCGCACCGGCUGGCCACGGUGCAGAAUGCCGAUGUCAUCUUUGUCGUGGAGGGCGGGAAGGUCGUGGAGAAGGGGAAUCAUGCCCAGCUGUUGAAGCGGAGAGGAGUUUACUGGCAGAUGACGAGACCGUGA